GUGCAGGGAUGCCCGCGGAGGGUGCCGGUGUGCCCGGGGCCGCAGGGGUGCCAAGCAGAGCCCGGAGGGUGCCGUGGAGAGCGGCAGUGCCCAGGGUGUCCUUGGUGUGGGGCGUUGUGGGGUGUGCCGCGUUUGCGGGGUGCGGGGGGUGCCCCGCAGCACAGAGGGAUGGGUGGGCUGUGGGAAGGGUCCCUUGUGCCCAGAGGCUGCUCCGUGGGUGCUCCCGGGAGGGACCGGGAUGGGACAGGGAGCAGCUGUGCCCAGGGAUGAGGGAACCCCACAGGGACCUGUGGGGUGCAGCCCCGCCACCCCUGGCGAGGGGCAGCUCGUCCUGGGGUUGGCACAGGCUGGCAGCACGGGCUGGGCACGGCCAGGCUGGCCAUGGAAUGAUCUGGAAGGAGGUGAGCGGGGGUACCGGGGGUGCCGGGGCACGGGGGUUCACCGUGGAACCACCGGGGAGCACCGGAGCGGGGCUGUGGGCAGCGGGGGGGCACCCGAAACCCUCGCUGCCAGCCCACGGUGGCACCUGCCACCCCCGGGACACUCGGCUCCCUGCCCCGCACGGCCCCUGCCACCCCCGGGCUCAGGUUUGGGUGGGUUUGCUCCCACCCUCCCCUCCGGGGGGCUCGGGCAGGUAAGCGGGGCUGGAUGAGGGGGGCUGGCAGCAAAGCCCACCCUGGGGGCAGGGAGGGGGCCGGGGCAGCGCCGGCCCGGCGGUGGCAGCAGCGGAUGCGAGGUGACAAAUCCAGCGGGUGCUGGCGGCCAGUGCCGGGUUAGAGAGGUGGCAUCCAUGGGCCGAGCCCUCGCUGCCCAGGGAUGUCCCCUCGGGACUCCCCCAGUCCGGCCAGCGCCCAUCCCUCGCCCUGGCUGUGCCCGGCAGCUCCAGCCCUGAGAAACUGCCCUAUUUAAAUAAGAUACCGUGCAUUAAAAACACCGAAUCCUGGCGAGCUGACAGCGUCUGUCUAAAUAUUUAUCCCUGUUCCGAUCAGGCGCUGUGUUCCCAUGACAGCGCCAUUAGCACUUGGCAUAUUUCUGCCCUUCCUGGGUGCUGGGCUCCCCGUGCUGCGUGCCCAGGGGCCACUGCCCCCCUCCCGCGUGCCCUCGGUGCCUUUCCGUGCACCCAGCGGUGACCCCUGGGCUGGCAGACCUCUGCAGCCUGGCACAUCCCUGCUGGAGCUGCCAGGAAUAUCCCGAGCUGGGCACGGCAGGGAGAGGGAACCACAUUUGUGCCCCGUGGCACAGGAGCUGCAGUGCCACGAGGAAGGGGUGCAGUGCUCCCCAAAAACCGCCUCCUGCUCCUCCUCCUGCCCACGGGCACCGAGGGACCGGGUACCCGCGGGCACCGAGGGACCGGGCACCGGCGGGCACCGAGGGACCGGGCACCGGCGGGCACCGGGCCGUGGGGAAGGAGCGGGGAUGCUGCAGCUCCUGCCCGUCGCUGUCCCGCCCUGUGACCGGGCCUUGCUCUGGGCACAGCGGGUCCCGCUGCGGGGGCUCCGGGGGGCUCAGCCCCGGGGUCGGGAGGCACCGGGGCUGUGUCCGGGACCGGAGCGCGGCGGCUCCGCGCGGCUCUCCCGGUGCCGCCGCCGCUCCGGUAACACAAACAAACCCCUCGCCAUCAGCUGAGCCGCUUGGGCACCCGCAGAGCUGCCAAAAUCUGCUUUUCGCUUCCCCAAUCUGCCGGAGGAGCUGAAUUUAACCCCGAGCUCGGCUGUGUUUGGCUGCAGCUCACCAGGAGCGGCGGCGGUUCCGCGGGGCCGGGGGGGCUGCGCUGCCCUGGCCGGGCCUCACCGAGCCCUCCAGAACCGGAGAAACCGGAGAAGGAAGGGGCAGAAGUGCCUGAAAGUGGCUCCCAGGAGGAUCCGCGCUGCCUCUCGCGCGGCCCCUGCGGGUGCCAAGGCUGCCACCCUCACCGUGCCGGUGCCAUCCCGGUGCCAUCCCGGUGCCAUCCCGGUGCUGGCAUGUGCCCGGGUGGCUCCCAACCACCUCUUCCCUCCCCGCAGGGAUGCACCGUGCCCAGCCCGUGAUGCCAGCCCACCCACCCACCCUGUGACACGGCCCCCGGCUCGGGGGGACCCUCAGCCGGACCGGACGGGACCCCGGUGGGGACCAGCCCUGCAGCCACCGCCCCGGUCCCCCGGGCCCGGCCUCACCCGUGCGGGCAGAGGGAGAGGCGGAGCCGGCCCUGGCCCCGCGCUGGGCCACACGAGGUAGGAGGGACACGCGGGGCACUGCCACACGUCCCCGAUGGGCAGCAGGCUGGCCGGAGGGGCUGCCCCCAUGUCGCCUUUCUCUGGGUGUCGUGCUGCCCCGGGCAGGGCAGCAGGGCACGGUACGUGGGGCUGGGCGGGCUCACCUGCGUUGGGGUCCCUCCGGCCACUGCUGGCCAUGGAGUACCCCCCGAGUGUGUCCCCAGAGCCCCUAGAGAUGGCCUUCCAGCGGAGCCACCGGCUGAACCUGCUGCGCCUCGUCGUGCUGCUCCUCGUGGCCUUGGCUGGCAUCAAGUUCCUCUUCCGUGACAGCUUCACCCUGGAGCUGCACAAGCACGUCAGCAAGGACAGUGAGUUCUGGGGGGACACAGGUGAUGUCGUCCAGGACAUCAUCCCCCAGAGCCAGGUUCUGGAGCUCCCUGCAGCAAAGAUAACCACCCUGAAGCAAAAGCAGCAGGUCUCCAGGGAUGUCAGUGCCACCGAAAUGAGGCUGGUCCACCUGGACCUCAAGGGAGCUGCGCCCAGAGUCUCCUACCUGGAACAGGUGUUCCCCCUCCUGUCCCAGCUGGGAGCCAACGGCGUCCUCAUGGAGUACGAGGACAUGUUCCCCUUCAAGGGGGAGCUGGAGAUCCUCAGGUCCCCGUACGCUUACAGCGAGGAGGACAUCGAGCGGAUCCAGCAGCUAGCGGAGAAACACAAGCUGGAGGUGGUUCCCCUGGUGCAGACCUUUGGCCAUGUGGAGUUCAUCCUCAAGCACGAGAAGUACCAGCACCUGCGGGAGGUGGAGCGCUUCCCCAACAGCUUCAACCCCCACGUCCCUGACACCCUGGCCCUGCUCAAGAGCCUCCUGUCCCAGGUGAUCGAGAAGCACCGGCGCUCCAGCUGGAUCCACAUCGGUGCAGACGAGGUUUUCCACCUCGGGGAGGGGAUGGACUCCAAGAACUGGAUGAGCCACAACAAGGGCGACGUGGGGACCAUGUACCUGAAGCACAUCCAGGAGGUUCUGGGCUUCCUCACGGCGCAGUUCUGGGGGCUGCGGGUGCUCAUGUGGGACGACAUGCUGAGGAAGAUCAGCGUGGGAGCCCUGCGGGAGUCCGGGAUAGCGCGGCACGUCUCACCCGUGGUGUGGUUCUACGCGCCCGACUUCGAGGCCGAGCAGAUCGAGCAGUUCCUCACCAAGUACGUGGAGAGCGGCUUCGAGGCCGUUUGGUUCGCCAGCGCCUUCAAGGGCACCACGGGGCCGGCGCAGGCCUGGACCCCGCUGAGCUCCCACCUGAGAAACCACCUCAGCUGGCUGAAGGUGAUGCAGGCCGUGCCACGGCUGGCCCCGCUGCGCUUGCAGGGCGUCGUGCUCACCGGCUGGCAGAGGUACGAUCACUACUCGGUGCUCUGCGAGCUGCUGCCCGUCAGCAUCCCCUCGCUGGCCAUCUGCCUGCAGACCCUGGUGAACGGGGGCUUCACAGAAGAGGCAAAGAGGAAGGUCCUGGAAGUGCUGGGCUUGGAGAGCGUGCAGCUGGAGCAGAGCGCCUGCGAGGGCAGGGGAGAGUUCCCCGGUGUGGAAAUCUACCGCAUGGUGGAGCAGGUUCAUGGGCACCUGAAGGAGAGCAUCCUCAAGGCUCUGGAGGAGGAGAGUGCCAUCAAGGGCUGGUUCAGCCCCUACCAUCGGAAGCACCAGUUUGGGAACCCCCGCAACAUGGAGAGCUUUGGCAGCAAGGUGCUGAAGCUCCAUGAGGACUGGGAGGGCUUUGUCCGUGAGCUGCGUGCGCAGCUGGAGAGGAUCUACUUCCCCGACACGGUGGAGGAGUGGAUGGAGGAGAACGUCAACCCCUACCUGGACCAGCUGCGGGACCUGGUGCGGGACUACCGGGCCAUCAUCCGCCUCAAGGGCCGGCCCAAGGCCAUGUAGGGGCUGCAGCCCCCCACUCCCGCUGCCCCCCGGCUUUGGGGGCCACCAUUGCGUGGCUGUUUGCUGGUGGCGCUGCUGCCCGCACUGUACAGAGCCCCUGUGCCCCCUGUGCAAUAAAGUAUUUUUGUAGA